ACAAAUAUAAUCACUUCAACAAAGCUUUCCUGUCUCAAAAGCAGAAAAUGAAUAAGUUGUUGAAGACCCUUUUUCUUGUGUCCAUGCUAAUAAUGGCAUUGGCAAUUACUAUGCCAACAAGAGUAGAAUCUAAUGAGAAUGAUGAGGAAGCAAAUUCUCUGAGAGGAACAGGCCGGUUCCUGUCUCAAAGAAGCAGCAAGGCAACUCUGACAUGUGACAGAAACCCAAAGGUUUGCUAUACCAUAAGAGGGAGUGGAGGUCCUAAUUGCUGCAACAACAAGUGUGUCAACUUCAACACAGAUGAAUUGAACUGCGGAAAGUGUGGGAAGAAAUGUGGAUAUUCCAAGAUAUGCUGUGAAGGUAAGUGCAUCAAUCCAAAGACUAAUGAGAAGCACUGUGGCAAAUGCGGCAACAAGUGCAAUUCCAAAGGCUCUUGUGUUUAUGGCUUGUGCAGCUAUGCUUAGAAGUUUACAACAGAAUCGGAAUAAUUAAUGGGUGAAAACUCAUGUGCAGUCGACUUCACGUGAAGUUAAUACUUGAAAGCCAUUAGAUGAAAAUUUAGUCAAACAAAUCAAAUCAUCUAACAGUUCUUAAGUAUCAAUUUCAUAUAAAGUCGACUUCAUCUGAAUUUUCACCUAAUUAAUGUGUGUGGUGGCAACUUGAUCAGUGCUAUUGGUGUUGUAUAACAUUUUAUUAUUUGCAUUAUUUGUUAUUUCUCUGCUGAAUUGGUGUAAUUUGAAUUGUGUAACAUUAUUGCAAUUCUUUAAUUGUACGAAAAAUGUAAUGUCUCCUUUAAUUUAUUGUUUGUUUGUUGUUAAU